AUGCUGCUCAAGCUCAACGCGGCCGCCCUGUGCAUGGCAGCUUCGCUGUCGGCCGUCUCGGCCCAGACCUUCCAGAGACUCGGCACCUGCCCGGACCUGGGCUGCGUGCUCCCGCCGGACGCGCAGGACUUCCUCCCGGGCCAGGAAUUCGACAUCCGCUUCGAGAUUCACGCGCCCAAGAACGGCACCGAGGCGUUCAACAAUGGCAUGCCCGACGAGAAGUUCACGGCCACCAUCGCCAAGAACGGCCACAAGGCCAAGAGCAUCGCCGAGUUCUUCAAGGUGGCCGAGCCCAAGCUGGAGAAAUGGACCUUCUCCUGGUUCGAGGACCUGUUCGCCAAGGACGCCAACACGCCCUCGGUCGUCAACGUCGCGUCCAAGGCGUACCGCCGCGUGGCGCUGUACGAGCCCGGCGACUACACCGUCACGCUGAAGUACUACAACGGCAAGACGACCACGGCAAAGUGGACGGUCCGCCCGCUGGCGACCAAGAAGAGGGCCAAGAACGUCAUCUUCUUCAUCGGCGACGGCAUGACCACCAACAUGAUCACCGCGGCGCGCCUGCUCGGCCACAAGACGGUCAACGGAAAGUACCAGACGCUGCUCAAGAUCGACGAGUUCCCGGUCCUGGGUCACCAAAUGACGCAUUCGAUCGACAGCUUCAUCACCGACAGCGCCAACUCGGCCUCGGCGCUGUAUUCCGGCCACAAGAGCACGGUGAAUGCCAUGGGUGUGUAUGCCGACUCUUCCCCCGACGCCUUUGACGACCCCAAGGUGGAGACCAUCGUCGAGCUCCUGCGCCGGAUCUGGGGAUCCGCCUGGGGCGCCGUCUCGACUGCCUUCAUCGCCGACGCCACGCCGAUCGCUCUGACGGGACACACCCGCCUGCGUUCGCAGUACGGCAAGCUGGUCGACCAGGCGCUGAACGGCGUCAGCAACUACUCCUGGACCCAGCACGGCGGGCCCGACGUCUUCUUCGGCGGCGGCGCCGAGCAGUUCAUUCCCGGGUCCGGCUCGUUGAACGGCAAGGACUACUACGCCGAGUUUGCCAAGAAGGGGUACUCGGUCAGCCUGAACAAGACGGCGCUGCAGGCCGCCCCCAGCGACAAGAGGGCGCUGGGCAUCUUCUGCAAGAGCAACCUGCCCGUCUGGCUUGACCGCAACAUCUUCCCGGACAACCUCGCGACGCUCAAGAACGACCCGACGGGCGCCGACGGCCCGGCCAAGGACCUGCCCGGUCUCAAGGAGAUGACGCUGAAGGCCGUCGACAUCCUGCACAAGCGCGGCGGCAAGAACGGCUUCUUCCUCAUGUCGGAGGCCGCCUCGAUCGACAAGCAGAUGCACGCGCUCGACUACGACCGCGCGCUGGGCGACCUACUCGAGCUGGACGACACUGUCCGCGCCACCGUCGAGAAGCUGAAGGAACUGCGCAUCCUGGACGACACGCUCAUCGUUGUGUCGGCCGACCACGGCCACGGCUUUGACGUCUUCGGCAGCUCCGACACCAAAUACGCGGCGGCGCAGGAGGACGACCGCGCCAAGCGCAACGCCAUCGGCGUGUACGCCAACUCGGGCCUGUCGCAGUACACGCAGCCCAAGGAGGGCGUGUCGUACGGCACCGGCGCCAACUUCCCGCUCAACUGGGACCCGCGCUACGUGAUCGCCGCCGGGCUGGGCGCCAACCCGGACCACCGCGAGAUGUUCGGCGUCGGCAAGGCUCCGCGCACGCCCGCCGCCGUGGGCGCCGACGGCGAGUACUACGUCAACCCCAAGGACAGGCCCGACGGCUUCGUCGUCAACGGCACGCUGCCCACCGACGAGGCCCAGGGCGUGCACUCGCUGACCGAUGUCCCCGUGUACGCCAUGGGGCCGUGCCAGGAAACCUUUGGCGGCACGUACAACAACAUCGAUGUGUUCUACAAGAUCGCGGGCUGCUUGGGCUUGGGCCAGCCGAAGAACCGCACCUUGGGCCACCGGGAUCUUCAAUGA